UUAUAGAAAGCUAUUAGCAUUAGCCUCAGUCAGUUAUCGUUGAAUCACUUCCUUUAGUAUGAAAGCAGAAGUUAUUAUUAUUCUCCAUCAGAAUGAAACCUUUAUAUUUAUUUAAUCUUACACAAUCAGAACUCCAGUACUCAGGUUUCUGCCUUUUAACAGGCAGUGUUUCCUUGCCCUUGUCUCCAAGGUCUUGCUCAUGGUGGUACUGUUGGGUCUCUGUAAAUAAUGUUAUAAAGAGUUCGGUCUAGACCUGCUCUAUUUGAAAAGUGUCCUGAGAUAACUUCUGUUAUGCAAAUAAAACUGAAUUGAACUUUAGGUUCUGUCAUGAUUUGUUUCUAAUAGCUAAUUUCAAGCAUUUAUCAAUUAAUUUUCAUCAACUAUUGGAUGGAUAAACAGGUAAACUGAUCUCUGCUUGCUAACGUUAUGAUUAAAGUCCAGGUGAAAAACUACGUUAGCUGCAUUACCGUUAGAUAGACGGGUGAAUGUCAGAAUAUUAUUGGUUGAAGUCAGUUAGUUCAUGCUGACGGAAACACGCGUCACAUUUAGUUUAACAAGAACACACAAUGGUUGGAUUUUAAUAUAAAAAUGGCCUUUUUUAUUUCACCUGGACACUGGGUAAGUUAGUUUAACGCCUAUUCAGUCUUCCCAAGUAACUUCAGCCACUGUAGGACUUCGAAGAGGAGUCUGAUAAUUUAUAUACUGCAGCUGUUUUAUUACAGAGGCGUAAUUUACAGACACACUGAGCUGGGAGGGAUUUCUCUCUGAUGAAAGCUGUUUAACUGCAGCUGCUUCAUGUAAAUUAAUGCGCUCAGCAUAAACACAGGAAGUCAGAGUUUAUGGAGAUCUGUUCCCCGGGGACAAAUCUGCAAAGGGAUGGAUUACCUCAACUCCACCCAGCUUGCCAACAACCAAUCAGACUUCCACAGCGUCUUCACCCGCAACGUCCUCCCGACGCUUUAUUUGGUUAUAUGUGUCGUGGGGAUGCCCCUGAACGGCAUUGCCGCCUGGAUCUUCUUCAGAGUGCCCAGUGACUCGGGCUUGGUGGUCUACCUGAAGAACAUGGUGGUGGCCGACCUCCUCAUGCUCGCCACCUUCCCCUUCCGUGUGGCGGCUCAGAUGGGCCUUGGUGGCUGGCGCCUGGAUGUGGUCAUCUGCCGCUAUACCGCUGUGGUCUUCUACUCCUCCAUGUACGUGGGCAUCGUCUUUAUGGGCCUCAUCAGCCUCGAACGCUACGUCAAGAUCGUCCGCCACACCUCGCCGUCCUCCUCCUGCAGUUCCCGGUUGGGCGGGGUGUCUCUGCUGCACCUCCUGCAGAGUGUCAGCUUCGCCCGGGUGCUGGCGCUCCUCACCUGGAGCCUCCUCGUCCUCUCCGUCCUGCCCAACGUCCUGCUGACCAGCCAGCCGGCCCACGAGGGGAACGCGCGGCACUGCAUGAAGCUGAAGACGCCUCUCGGCAUGCAGUGGCACCGGAUGUCCACUCUCUUCAACGUCAGCGUGUUCUGGGUGACCCUGCUGGUCCUCGUCUUCUGCUACUCCUCCAUCGCCUGCCGGGUCUACCAGUCUUACCGCCGAGUGCGUCGCAACAACAGCGACGUCCGCCGGAAGUCGAACCGCAGCAUCUUCAGCAUCCUGGCGGUGUUCUUCGUCUGCUUCGUGCCGUACCACGUCUGCCGCGUGCCGUACACUCUGAGCCAGAUGCCACGGUCGGACUUCAGCCGGGACACCCGCUACUGGCUGUUCCAGCUGAAGGAGGGGACGCUCUUCCUGUCGGCACUCAACGUCUGCCUUGACCCCAUCAUCUACUUCCUGAUGUGCCGAACCUUCAGAGAGUCACUGCUGAGGAAGCUGUCCGGAGAGGGGAGGCGGUCCCUGACCACCGCCCAGAGUCUGAGCAACAUUUAAGGGACAGGGAACAGGAGGGGACAAACUUCACCAAACCUCAAAGGUCCAGUGUGUAACAGUGAGGAGGAUCGAUUGCCACCGUAGUUUCUCCUUCACAGAGAAACUGUAUUCAGUUGGUUGUAGUUUAUAAAUUCACCACUAGAUGGAACACUGGACGUUUCACCACAAUGUAGUGUCCAUGUUUCAGUAGCUCAUUACUAGUAAUAAAAUUACAGUAACAAUAUUACUUUCUACAGUAACUAGUAGUGUAACUAACUAAUAAAGAUAAUUAAUUACAAUAUCACGCUCAGCAGCUGGAAAUAUUCCAUUAAAUUAAAAAUUUAAACUGUAUUUUAAUCAUCAUAAAUCUGAAUUUCGGGCAGAAAAGACACAGUUACCAAUUUUGUGGGCAGUUGCAGAAAGUAAUAUAACGAGGGAGUAACAAGUAAAGUAAUAUAUAUAGCUUUUUAACUGAGGAACAAGUAAUAAAUGAGUAACUGUCCCAACACUUUUAAUCCAAAUGUGAAUAUUGUUUGAAUUGAAUGAACCAUCUUUAUAUAUUUGAUGAAGUAAAUCAGUACUGUAUAUAAAUGCAGAAUUAUGUAUAUAUAUAAUAAAUAGCAUUAUAUAUAUUAUUAAGAAAUGUGUUAUAAUAAAUAGCAUUCACAUGUUUUAUUUAUUGUUGAAGAAUGAGGGAAGGAAAAGAAUAAAUGAAAGAAAUGAAAAGAAAGGAAGUGCUGAAGUGGAAGUGAAAAUGAACUGUGAUGACGGGGCAUCAAACCUACGAGACCAGACUGGUUCUGUUCUGUUUAGUUAUCACGGUACUGUGACUGGUUAGUAAAUUCAGCUGAUCUGGUUUUGUGGCUCUGAGGUCACGAGACUGAAACCUCCAACAACAGGAAGGAGGACAACAAUCUGUGUCGGGGUACGAAUGAGGUCCCACAUUUACCCCCGAACAGUUCAGGUCUCACCAGAUAAAACAACAUACUAACAUUUGUGCAGUGAGAUAAUAUAUAAUGUGUAUAUUAGGUGCUGAUAUUUGGAGAAAAUACUUUGUUUUGUGGUGUUUUUUAUUUUGAAAUAAAACCACUAACACUUCAUUUAACUGUUGUUUGCUGUAGUAAUGUUUGUACUGCCCCCCAGUGGCCACAGUGCAUAAUUACACCCCUGCUUAUUUUAAAACAGUGUUCAAGUGAACUGUUGGUCUCCUAUUAGAGCAUUUAUAUAUUUAAUAAUAAUAUCAAUCAAUCAAUCAAUCAAUCAAACUUUAUUUGUACAUUUUUUAAAGUUCAGUUUAGUUCAAAGAGCUUCACAGAUGAUUGACGAUAAUAAAACAGAAUGGAGUAAAAAUUAAAGUAGAUUUUAUUAAAUUAGUAGUUCACUACUACUCAAUUCUGAUUGAUUGAUCGAGAAAUCCAACAGUCUAUAAUUUAUUAUCAGCAGAUCGUAUCACUAUGGAACCGUUCUGAUGAUGAAUCUGUGACUGCUGUUCACAUCUUUUAAGACUUUUUAAAGAACAAUAAUAAAACAAUUUCAAAGCA